GUCUUGUUGUCGGUACCAAUCCCGCAUACAUGGCGCAUGUCGUUGUCUUGCGGCCUUUGGUAAUUCCUGUCACGAUUUGAACGCCUAUCAGUAAUUCCAGACUCAUCGGUGUUCUCAGCAGAUGAGCAAAAUGUAGGACAGUGCUGUCAAAAUGCGACAAUCUGGUCAGCUGAACGCCGAGAGACAGGUGUAGAAACGCCAGAGUUAGUCGCUCAAGCCAUCAUCGACUCUUGCCGCAUGUGGCACAUGUUUGUAGCACCAGUGGAGAUGGACUUGGAGAGAUUGGUCGCUUCAGAGUUUGAAGAACAACCCAUGGGCCAUGGCAACAGGUCGAAGGGCUCUGCAUAUCGAUUGGUUCCAAGUCUGUCACAUAAUCCAAACCCAAGUGUGUCUCAGGAAGUGCAUCACAUACUCCGUACAGUAGUAAGAGACUACUCCCGCAGCGAGUGUGCUGCCGCCGUCGCGCCUCAAAGGUCAAAGCGGCGGCCACUGCCGAACAAAGAGGAUCCCUCCAAGGCUUCUAAGCUUCCUAUGGACCUAGGGUUCCCACCUGCAUGGGCCCAUUAUUGCUCUCCCGCUGGGUUCUCUAGCCCCUGGGACCCCGAAUUCUCAUCGCUUUCCCUUCCAUUUGGCUUUCUGUACUAUAUUGCAUGCGUCUGCGUCUGUUCUGCAGUCAGUCUUGCAUCUGCACCACCAUCCUCUCACCACCCGAUUCCCGAGGCACUGCCUGCUGUUGCCCAGCUUCGGACAAAUUGCUGGACCUGCAUUUACCUGGUACAACAUCGGCCCUGUGGGCUUGUGCUUGUCCAACUUCACCCUUGGAGAACGCGCCCACCGCUGGACACGGUUCGCGUCGUUUUUGAGUCAACACUUACCGCCCGUUGGGGGCUGAGACAAAAGAAUAUCAACCAGCGCCGUUAACCUCGGACUGCAACGAGGCUACGAUACGGGAACCGCUCUCCAGUCAGAGGCUGAGCAGGCAGCAAUAUAAGUCGGUGUGCAUAAGAGAUGGCGCAGGCAACCCAGUCUAUAAAAUGCGUGGUGACAGGUUAGUCC